AUGUUAGAUAUCAUCCAAUUUAUUGAAGAGAAAGGUGGCGAUCCAAAAGCCAUUCGCGAGUCGCAAAGGAAAAGAGGUGCUUCUGUUGAAAUUGUGGACGAAAUCAUCCAAGAUUACAAUAAUUGGACAAAGUUGAGAUUUAAACUGGACGAACUAAACAAAUCGCAAAAUAAGCUCCAGAAGGAAAUUGGGCUUAAGUUCAAGGCGAAGGAAGAUGCCACGGAACUUUUGAAGGCGAAAGAUGAAUUGAGCAAUGAAAAGGCAGAACUAAUUUCGAAAGAACAAGAGGCUGACAAAAACUUGAGAUGGAAAGUUUUCCAAGUUGGUAAUAUCGUACACGAAUCGGUCAUCGACUCUUGUGAUGAAGCAAAUAACGAGCUUGUUCGUACAUGGGCCCCAGAAAAUGUCAAAUUUAGCGAACUCACGAAUGUCGCCACUGCAACUGGAAAGCCUGCAAAACUUUCACACCACGAAAUCUUGUUGAGGCUUGAUGGUUACGAUCCAGAGCGAGGAGUUAAAAUUGUGGGGCACAGAGGCUACUUUUUGAGAAAUUAUGGCGUGUUCCUGAACCAAGCAUUGAUCAACUAUGGUUUGAGCUUCUUGGCCUCUAAGAAGUACAUAUGUAUGCAAGCUCCUGUUAUGAUGAACAAGGAUGUCAUGGCAAAAACCGCUCAGCUUUCUGAGUUUGACGAAGAGCUUUACAAAGUUCAAGACGGUGAUGAUGAGAAGUAUCUGAUUGCUACCUCCGAGCAGCCGAUUUCAGCUUACCAUUCGAACGAAUGGUUCGAGAGUCCAGCUGAACAAUUACCUGUUAGAUAUGCUGGUUACUCUUCUUGUUUUAGAAGAGAAGCAGGCUCUCACGGCAAAGAUGCUUGGGGAAUUUUCAGAGUUCACGCAUUCGAAAAAGUGGAACAGUUUUGUAUCACGGAGCCUGAAAAAUCUUGGGCUGAAUUUGACCGAAUGAUUUCCAAUUCCGAAGAGUUCUACAAAUCUUUGGGCCUUCCAUACCGAGUUGUCAGCAUUGUCUCUGGAGAACUCAAUAAUUCUGCUGCAAAGAAGUAUGAUCUAGAGGCUUGGUUCCCUUACCAAGAAGAAUUCAAGGAGUUAGUCUCCUGUUCAAACUGUACAGAUUACCAGUCUAGAAAUUUGGAAAUUAGAUGCGGAAUUAAGUCGAUGAAUCAAAAGGAGAAAAAGUAUGUUCAUUGUUUGAACUGUACCUUGUGUGCAACCGAAAGAGCAUUGUGUUGCGUGCUUGAAAACUAUCAAACAGAGGAUGGAUUGAUUGUGCCUGAGGUUUUGCGGAGGUAUAUUCCGGGAGAACCAGAAUUUAUUCCUUUUGUGAACGAAUUGCCAAAGAACUCUACUUCCUCCAAGAGAGCAAAGGGUAUCAACUAG